CCCGCGGCGGAAACUGUCUUCGUUCUCUUUCUACCAUUAGAUUUCAACCAUGGGGCGCCGACCAGCGCGUUGUUACAGAUACUGUAAGAACAAGCCUUACCCCAAGUCCAGGUUCUGUCGUGGUGUGCCCGACCCCAAGAUCAGAAUCUUCGACCUGGGCAGGAAGAAGGCAAAGGUGGACGAGUUUCCGCUAUGCGGUCACAUGGUCUCUGACGAGUACGAGCAGCUGUCCUCCGAAGCCCUGGAGGCGGCUCGUAUCUGCGCCAACAAGUACAUGGUGAAGACCUGCGGCAAGGACGGCUUCCACAUCCGCGUGCGCCUUCACCCCUUCCACGUCAUCCGCAUCAACAAGAUGUUGUCCUGCGCCGGGGCCGACAGGCUCCAGACGGGGAUGCGUGGGGCUUUCGGGAAGCCCCAGGGCACGGUGGCCCGGGUCCACAUUGGCCAGGUGAUCAUGUCUGUGCGCACCAAGGCCCAGAACAAGGAGCACGUCAUCGAGGCUCUCCGCAGAGCCAAGUUCAAGUUCCCCGGCCGUCAGAAGAUCCACAUCUCCAAGAAGUACGGCUUCACCAAGUUCAACGCGGAGGACUUUGACGACAUGAUGGCGGAGAAGCGUCUGAUCCCUGACGGCUGUGGAGUGAAGUACAUCCCCAGCCGCGGCCCCCUGAACCGCUGGAGAGCUCUGCACGCAGCGUAGACUGCUACAACCGGGCCUGACGGGCAAAUAAACGCUUCAGUAAUAAA